CUCACACAAGCACAAGCACACACCACCUACGUACCUCGGUAUUCACACGCAAGCAUACAGAAGAGUCAUCAUCAUCCGCAGUAGAGUGGUACCCAGCCACUCAUACCCACCCCCACGUCCACGCUCAUGCUGCACCGACCAGAUCAGCAGGCAGGAACAGCCUCUCCUUCUAUGUCCACCGCACCACCCACUACCGCCGCUUCCUUCGCUUUCUACUCCUCAUCGCCGCCUUCCACAAGCACAUCGACCCUCGACACAUCCUCCCUCUUCAUUCCACGACGACGUCCCCCUCCUGCUUCGAGUAAUCUCCGUGCAUCCGCCCACUCGCGUUAUGCCACCAGCAAGCCUCCUUAUAGCUCGGCACGCAGGGUGUCCGCUCCGGGGGGAAGCCUGAGUAGAGGUACAGGUGACGAACAGCUCGGUGCAGCCAGCAGCGAAGGGCAGAGAGCUACAGAUGCAAUGCUUGACUUGCAGAGCGAGAUGGAUGGAGUCUCUCUCCAUCCUCAUGUUGGUCACGAGCUCGCAGUAGAUAUCAAGAGGAGAUUGUUCAAUGAUGCACCUCCACCUUCGCCUGGUCAAGGUCAGACGGUACAGCCCUACUGGCAAACUUCGUCCUCUGCUUCUGCCUCUUCCUCGCCAGAGGAGAAGCACGACUUCACCCGCAGCUCUGUACGGCGCUUCAGUCAAAGUCAGGCCCUCGGGCAAGCGCAGGCCCGCGACUCGCCCCCUCGAAUGGGCAUACUCACCCGCUCCAAAGUCAACAGAGCGGGAUCAGUGAGGAUCUCAGAUGCACCACAGAGGAGGAGUAUAUCAGGGCCGUACCACGAUGGCUUCCUCAAUGGGGACGGACAUGGACAUGGAAGUGAAGCAAGAGGCGGAGCAGCAGCAGCAGCAGCGGCGGCGGCAGGCAAUCGUAACAGUCCUCGAUGCUCCCCUCUACGCACACACACCAGAGGCAGAGGUAGGGGAAGAGCUGCCACGCCUUACCCUGGGGAGAGCUCUCAUGCUCAUUCGGAAGCACUCCCAAUCGGUUCGUCCUCUUCUACCACUCUGUACCCUCCACACCAAACGGAGGACAUCGCCUCUCUACAAGGCGCCAGUCCCUCUUCCGCUCCACACUCCCUCUCCUCCUCUUACCCUUCCACACGCCCCUCAACUUCUACUAUCCUCCUCUCCCACGCCGAGUCCUCUUCGCUACAACGCGCCCACUUCCUCUCUGAAAAGGCAAAGGAGGAGGAGAGGGACUUGUUGAGGGGAUUGGAGAUGUGUACUGGAUUGGGAAGGAGAUUGGGUGGAUGGGAAGGCGGGAUGGAGAGGGGGUCUGCAGGAGGGGAAAAGAUUCAGGGGGAUGAAGAGAGAGUGGUACUUGGGCGGAGGGUGACAGGAAGAGGGAGAAAUCGUUGGGUACUUGGCACUGGCACUGGCACUGGCGACGAUAAUGGUGAUGGUGACGAGAGUCUGCAGUACUGGAGUCAGAUUCAAGACGAAGAUGAAGUGGGAGGUAAAAGUGAAGGUGAAGUUGAAGGCGAAGGCGAAGGUGGUGAGGUUCAAGGAGAGGAGGGAGCAGAGGUGUACUAUGCUCCUGAGGAUCAAGAUGAAGAGGACGACGACCUCUUCGGUGAUGGUGAUGGUGAUGGUCAUGGUGACGGUGGUGGUGAUAAUGAUGGUGAUGAGCUCUUCGAUCUCGACGAUGACGACGAUUUCGAUGAGAAGGGCGGAGAGGGGACUGUCUCCAAUAAGCGGCGGACGAGUAACGCACGGGGCAGAGGGAUGGACGCUGUUCAUGAGUCCUUUGAAGAAGAAGAAGAAGAUGAGCAGGAUGCAGGAGAAGACGAAGACGAGGACGGAGAGGAUUGGGGGCGGUAGCAUCUUAGCCUUCUUUCUUUCUCUCUUUGAGCUGCUCAAUGCAAUUGCACUUCAAGCAUGCUCACUGCUCUCCCU